AUGAAUUCAAAAUCAUCAAUAACAGCAACAAUAUUAAAAGAUCAUGAUGCUGUGAAAAAUGCUUAUGAGAAAUAUUUAUCAUCAAAAGGUAAUAUGGUUGAACGAGAACAUUGGGCUAACUAUUUUCGAUGGGAACUUACUCGACAUACUAUUGCUGAAGAACUUUUUCUUUAUCCAGCUUUUGAAAAAUAUUUAGGUGAUGAAGGAAAAUAUAUGGCUGAUCAAGAUCGUGAAGAUCAUCAACAAGUUAAAAAUUUGUUACAUGUACUUGAAGCUUCGUCCGUAGCAGAUUCACAUUAUCCUUCAACAUUUGAAAAACUUAUGUCGAAUUUAAUAGAACAUAUUCAAAGUGAAGAAGAAAAUGAUUUACCAAAAUUUGAAAAAUCAAUAACACCAGAUAUAAGUGCUUCAUUAGUUCGACAAUUUGAAUUAACUAAAAUGCUUGUUCCUACACAAUCUCAUUUGAAUGCAAAUCAUAAAGUCCCAUUUGGAACAGUAGGCGAACUUAUGGGUGCUCCAAUCGAAAAACUUCGUUAUUUCAUCGAACAAUAUUCUCAAACAAACUGA